UCUUUUAAGAAUGUCUAGUCCACUGGGUCGAUUGAUGUUAAUUUAUUUAUUCGGAAUUACAUUUCAAAAUUAUUUGAAAUGUCAAAAUCUCUGUGAUAAUAUUGAUACAAUUGACAAAUAUAGACUUGAUCAUUUGAAAGAGAUUAUUAAAACUGAAAAAGAAAAACAGUUUCAAGGCUACUAUUACUCUAUGAUAAUCCAAUUUGAUCAAUAUGAUUAUGACAGUACCAAAAAUUUUAAAAGUUUUAACGAUCUUCCCAAGAUAAUUAACCCACCAUUUAAUAUAACAGUUUAUGAUGCAAGCUACAAUCAGUUAGAAUUAGGUGAGAAAGGUCAAAUCAUUUUACGACAUUCACAAGAUAGAAUAACACUAACUCCUUAUGAAGUUGAUAUGAUUGGUAAAUUCGAAAUAAAUAUUUCAACUAGUAAUAUUGUACAAUGUCGUUUCUUUCGAAAUGGUAGUAUAUUUUUUCACUAUAUAACUAUACCUGAUCCAAACAAUUUUCGUCGAAUCGAUUCAUCCAUUUACCACCAAUUUUUUUGCUUUGAUAAAAGACGAAAUAUCACAACUGCGACAGAACAGCGCAGUCAUCUGAAAGUGCCCAAUGUCAACAUCAAAAAUAACACAAUAGUGAUGUUCCACCCAUUGCCAAGAUUUCCUGAAAAAGAACAUAUUCCUAAAUUCUGUGAAAGAUUUGUCAAACGAAUUAAACACGAACAAUAUUGGUGUUCAGUGAUACAAGGAUGUAAACACACUGAUUCAAGUUACUUUGAAAACUUCAUAAAUAACUGAACAUUGAAUGGAAAAAAAUUUCUCAACAAGAACAUUCAAAUUUUUGGCUAUUACUACAAAAAAUUGACGAG